CUGCUUUCUAUCCUGUGGCAGCUCCGAGUCACAGAGCCGACAGGACCCCACUGUAACAUCCAAUGUCUCUAAGAUCAAGACCCCUGGUCUUCAAGAACUUUCAAGUCUCAUUUCCCGACAGGAAAAUUCUGCAGAUCACGCUGAAUCGACCCGAGAAGCUGAAUUGCAUCGAUAAAACGACGAGCAAGGAGAUCCAGAAUGUGUGGGAACUAUUCGACCAGGACGAGACUCUAUGGGUCGGCAUCAUCACCGGCACAGGGAGGGCGUUCUGCACCGGCGCCGAUUUACAGGAAUGGAACGAAAUGAACAAGGCCGGGGUGGUCAACAGCAUGGACGCACCGGGACUGGCUGGACUACCCCGCCGUGGCGGCAAGAAACCGAUCAUCGCGGCCGUGAACGGCAUGUGCAUGGGCGGCGGGUUCGAGAUGGUGGCCAACUGCGACCUCGUCGUCGCGGCGUCCACGGCGAUCUUUUGCUUGCCCGAGGCGAAGCGAGGCAUAGUCCCCGUGGCAGGGUGUCUGCCUCGCCUGACGAGCAUCAUCGGACUUCAACGCACCACGGAUUUGGUCUUGACGGGUAGGAAUGUGAGCGCCAGGGAGCUGCACGAUUGGGGUCUGGUGAACCGGGUGGUGGCUGUGGAGUCUGGUGCUGGUGCAGAUGCAAAUGUCGUCCAGGUUGCGGUCCAACUCGCCCUGGACAUGUGCCGCAACAGCCCGGACGCGCUGAUCGUCGGCCGUCAGGGGAUCCGGUUGAGCUGGGAGUCCAGGAGCGUCGAGGGAGCGGUCACCACGCUCGCCGAUCGGUGGUAUCCAAAACUCAUCCAAGGUCCUAACUUUGCCGAAGGCAUCCAGGCUUUUGUGGAGAAACGUCCACCGAGAUGGAAGGACUCCAAGCUUUGAGCAUGAUCAUCAUUAUUUACGGAGCACGAGUAGAGGAAGAAGAGUGACAGGUCUCUCGCUACGCUAAUCAGAUGGAGCGACCACCUUGGGUCUGGUAUGGACCAUGGUAUUGUUGGAAACAGUCGGGACAAAAAGGGGAGUUCGAGAAAAAGAGGUCUACAUUAGACACGUUCCCCACCAAAGUGAAAAUUUUUAUCUUAUCAGAUGAGGUAAAGAGCGUCUCAUCGUUGCAGCAAAAAGUGGAAUAUCUCAUCUUAUCAGAAUGCCACUUUGGUGAUCCCCAUUGCGACUGCAUGAGACUAACUUCUCCGUAGCGUCGGUAUGUAAG